AUGGACGUUGACGAGAAGACAAUACCACCCAAAGACGAGGAGGAGCUUCUCUUGGAGAAGCUUGUUUUUGGUGACGAAGCUGGUUUCGAGGCCAACUUGCGUAAGAUCGAAAACCUCUACAACUAUUCAGAUGAGGAGCCUGAAGCCUACGACGACAUCUCCGAAGACGACAGCGAAGCAGAGCUAGAUGCUGCCAAUGACGAGGACCUUUUCUUCAUUGACGAAUCUGGUGACGCUAACACAGAAACGCCAGCAUCGGGAGAUGCUAUGGAUGUAGAUGGUGAAAGUACAGAUGGAGUCUUCCAUGGAGAAGAUGCUGCAUGGAACGACUCUGAUGAUGAGAAUGCCGCUGUAACACUAGAUCUGGUGCGUACUAAAGGUUUGCGUGUUGCACCUUCAGAGACGGCAUUGGCAGGCGAGUCAUACAUUGCCCGUUUACGAAGUCAAUACGAAAAGAUUUACCCACGUCCGGAAUGGACUGAAACAUGGGACAAUGCAGAUGAGACUGAGGAGGCUGACAAUUUUGACGAUGAGGCUGAGGAGGACUCUUCUGUUGGAACAAACACAUCUGCAUUGACUGCUCUCCUUAAUAGAACGACUACAUUCUCAAAGAAGACAACCAAACUUCUUCCGCCAAACACUCUCAAUAUUCUGCGACUCAAGGAUGCCAAUAUUGCACGUCGUGCUCGUAGUGGAAUCCAAAGCAUGGCAUUCCAUCCUUCGCACCCUCUUUUGCUCACAGGUGGGUUUGACCGCACUCUUCGUAUAUACCACAUUGAUGGUAAAGCCAAUCGUUUCGUGUCGCUGGUUCAUUUCAGAGACAUGCCCAUUACGACAUGUCUGUUCGUAAGCGGACAAGACUCCAAUUUGGUGUACGCCGCUGGUCGUAGACGGUACAUGCAUAGAUGGGACAUCGCCACAGGUGAGGUUGAAAAGAUCCUGAGAAUGUACGGUCAAGACAAACUCCAAAAAUCAUUCGAAUACUUCAAAAUCUCUCCCAAAGGAACUACUAUCGCAUUGCGUGGUGAGUCUGGUUGGGUGAACACAGUAAGUGGCACAACUGGUCAGUUUGUCAAGGGCUACAAGGUCGAUGGUCAUGUCGCAGACUUUGCUUACACUCAUGAUGAAUCCACUCUCAUUGUGGCCAAUAAUUCUGGUACUAUUUGGGAGUUUGACUGUACCUCAGCAUCUACUAGCGCCAUCCGCAAAUGGACAGACGUUGGUGCCGUUGCAGUUUCCAAAAUUGCUUUGGGCGGAGCUGGUGAUCGUUGGUUGGCUGUUGGUACUAAGUCUGGUAUUGUUAAUUUGUUCGACAGGCUCAGUUGUUACACCAUUGGCGAUCAACCAAAACCUUUCAAGGAGGUGGGCAACCUUGUUACCGAAGUGACUGGCUUGACCUUUGCACCCGAUGGACAAAUUCUUUGCAUUUCGUCGCUGCAGAAAAAGGAUGCUCUUAAACUUGUACACUUGCCACUGGGUACCGUUUUUGCCAACUGGCCAACAAGCGGCACUCCAUUGGGCAGAGUGACUAUAGCAGAAUUCAGUCCCGACAACCAGAUGUUGGCAAUCGGAAGCGAUAACGGAAAGAUUACAUUGUGGAGAUUGAAUCACUACUAG